AUGUCGAAUGCACCAGGCGCAAGCACGGCCGAGUUUGGCCAGCCACUGCGCAAGUUCAAGCUGGUGUUCUUGGGAGAGCAGUCGGUGGGAAAGACGUCGUUGAUCACGCGGUUCAUGUACGACACAUUCGACAACACGUACCAGGCAACCAUCGGGAUCGACUUUCUCUCCAAGACCAUGUACCUCGAAGACAGGACAGUCAGGCUGCAGCUCUGGGAUACCGCAGGACAAGAACGAUUCCGAUCGUUGAUCCCGUCGUACAUUCGCGACUCGUCGGUGGCGGUGGUGGUGUACGACAUUACGAACCGGGCCUCGUUCCAGAACACAUCGAAAUGGGUGGACGACGUGCGUGCGGAGCGCGGCAACGACGUGAUCAUCGUGCUCGUGGGCAACAAGACGGAUCUGAGCGACAAGAGACAAGUGACGACGGAAGAGGCGGAGCAAAAGGCGCAAGAGUUCAACGUGAUGUUCAUCGAGACGUCGGCCAAGGCAGGGCACAACGUCAAGGUGCUCUUCAAGAAGAUCGCACAGGCGCUACCGGGGAUGGACAAGGACGCAGAUGCUGCCAACGCCGGUGCCACCGCCAACAAGAACAUUGACGUGACCGCGGCACCAGCACAGACCACCAUGGAAGACGGCUCGGCGUGCAAGUGCUGA